AUGCCUGUUCGCUACAGCGAAGCUGUGGAGCGGGCCAUGGCGGAGGUGUGCCCGCCGCGCGACGCAUUGGACGCUGCCAACUUUGACCCUGUAGUCUACCUGAACAGUCGCUUCCCUGACGAGGCAAGUCUCGGGGCGUUGCCAGCCUUUCUCGAUGAGGCCAAUGAGCGCCUCCGCAAGACGGAGAAUCAGCUGCUGAAGGCGGUGGAGCAGCAGGCGAGCAACGCGACGAGCGCGGAGAGCGACCUCAAGGGCGCCAAGGAGGCGGUGGCGCAGCUUUACGUGCGUGUGUCGGAAAUCAAGACGCAAGCGUCCGACAGCGAGGAAAUAGUGAAGGACCUGUGCCAGAACAUCCGCGAGCUCGAUGUGGCCAAGACAAACCUCACGUCCAGCAUCAACACGCUGCGCUCUGUGCAGCUGUGGAUGCUGCAACUGCAGGUGCUCUCUUCGUCUUUUGAAAAACGCCGCUUCUCACAAGCGCGUGAUGCCUUGCAGGAGGCCCUCAAGUACUCGGCCAUGUUCGCGGAAAUGAAGGGCAUCCCAAAGGUGAAGGAGCUGAACGACAAGCAGACCCAGCUGUGCCGGCAGGCGGAGUACUACAUUCGCAACACCGUCUUUGGUGAAGUGAACUUGGAAGCGAUGGACGAGAGUCUGAUGGCUGAGGCAUGCGCCGUAGUGGACCUCAUGGAGGAGGAGAGCAAGAAGAAGCUGCGAGAUCGCUUCAUCGACAAGCUGCUCGAGUGCUACUCGCUGCGCUUCAAACGCGGCACCGACGAAGCCAAGCUGGAGCGGACGGAGCGGCGCUACGUGUUCCUGCGCGGACUGCUGGAGCGCUACGACAGCGUCCUCAAGAACGUCUUCCCGCGGCACUGGUGCGUGCCGCAGGAGCUGUGUGUGACCUUUUGCCUGCACACAAAGCAGGAGCUCGACUACGCGCUGCGCGAGGCGGCCAACAAGAUCGACGUGGUCGUCCUCACAUAUGUCAUUCAAAAGACGAUCGACAUCGAGCGCGACCUCACCCAGAUGAUGACGUGGAAGGACGAGUUUGCCGCCAAGCGGGAUCUGCCGGUGUACAAGUACAACGGCAUGAUCCUCUCCGCCUUCAAGGCGCACAUGGGACUCCUCGUGCAAAACGAGGACCGGCUCAUGCGGGAGGCCCUGGCACAGCCGCUGAUCGGCAGCGGCGACUCGCUGUGCCCUGGCUGGAACAGCAUCGACGAGGAGACGCGCAGCGGCACCUACCUCCCUAUCGCUGAGGACAUCUUCGUCUUCAUCAAGGAGAGUCUUAAGCGGGCGCUGCGCAUUGCGCAGCAGGAUGUCCUCCUCGAGAUGGCUGAGGUGUGGCGUCGCCAUCUUAUGGAGCUCGCGCAAGCGUUGAGCGCGCUCUUGCCCGACCCGGCCGCCAGCCCCCUCGAGCGGCGACGCGCCUGUAUCAUCUUGAACACGGCCGACCUGUGCCAGUCCACGAGUCAAGACCUCGGCGAUGAGGUGUGCGCGCGCAGCGAGGCGCCGCCGCGCGAGGUGGCGUUCGACCAGGUCAGCGAGGCCUUUUCCGCCGUCUACACAAAGUCGAUUCAGUCGAUCCUGCAGGGGCUUGAGCUGCAGCUGGCGCCCAUGCUUGUGGGCUAUGGCAACGGCGGGUUCCUCCCCAAAAAGGGCACGGUGGCCUACGACGCCAACGGUGGCGGCGCGGCUGACGAGUCGAAGGUUGUGCGCGACAUCACGACAACGGUGCAUGACGCAUUUGUGAGCUGCGCUGCCGUGAUGCCGCCCACAGCGCUGCGCUUCCUUCUGGACAAGAUGGCGGCAACGUUCAUUCCAGAGUACGGCAACACGCUCUACCGUCUGCGCAGGCUACCAGAUGAUGGCAUCAACUGCAUGCGUGUCGACGCGGCAGCGCUGGAGAAGACAUUCUUGCAGCUGCCCAACUACAACGAUCCUGCUCGCUUUCCCGCGCCGGCGCUGACGGGGUACGUGCGCUUGGUGCGCAAGGAGUUUGACCAACUGAAUCGCGCGCUGAAGGUACUGCAGGUCGACGCGCGCACCGACGCCUUCAUCGAGGUCUACUACGAAGUUGUUCUACCGGAGAAUCGCUCGAUCCACAACUUUGUCCGCCUGGUCGAGCUUAAGGGACUGCGGCGCGAGGAUGUGCGGGCGUGGGUGGCCACCCUGUCGAAGCGUGGCGUCGUGGAGGCGACUAAGCGGGACCUCCAACGUGAAGCAUCGCUCGGGCUCUCCACUGGCGUGUCCUCCGGGGCCGCAGGGGGUGGCGCGUCCAUCGCCAGCGGGGUUGGUCUGAACUUUGCGUCGCUCUUCACACGUGAUGCAUCCACCUCGCUGGCGCCACCGCGACUCCCCAACGCGAGCUCGACAGUGUCGCCAACCACCGGUGGACAUUUUUCCCUGACCAACCUUGUCUCCACCAUCGGCGGCGGUGGAAUGAACGGCGCAGCAGCGAGCAGCGAGGGUGCAGGCGAGACGGCCGCGGUCGCCGAAGACGGUGCCGCGGAGGAGGAGAGGCUCGGGUCCAUCUUUGCCACAAUGGCGCGCAGCACGGCCACCUCCAUGAACUUCUUGAACAAGCUCAAGCGUGGCGAGGGAAAGCAGUGA